CCAGCCUCGUGCACAACGAGCGAAAAUUGUAAUUUUCUGAUAACCUACAAUGCCACAAAUUCAACUCAUGCUGAAUUCGAGCUGAGUGGGAAAGGAGACUGGAUAGCAGUCGGUUUCAGCGAUGACCAAUUAAUGGUACGUUGUCUCUGAGAACUCGCCACUUUAGAGACCAUAAGCGGACUGGAGCCUGUCUCUAGUAACAGUCUCAGAAGUCUUUGCCACAGUUUAAUCGGCCUAGUUUCCUUGAUUCCUUCUCGAUUCUUUAAUGACGAAUACAUGCAGACCUCCUUAUUGUCCAUCUCUGUGCUUUUCCAAUUUACGUCAAUUGAUGAGUACUAAGAGAGCUAUGUCUCUGAAAUUUCGCCAUGUUUACGUACCAAAGUGCGGUUAAUUCACGAAAAGACAAAGGCAAUUUUCUCUAAUUGAGAAUGUGACUUGAACCAAAUUGGAAACAAGUCUCUUUGGCAAGAAACAAAGCACAAAGCUUAUUACGAUUUAUUUAAAGGAAGCCAUUUUAAAUGGGACAAAAGGUUCGUGUAAUUUUCUCGAAAAGCUCUUCAUCGAAGACUAUUUUCCUUAUCAACAUUUGCAGUAGAAUUAGUGGCCACUUAUGCAGUUUCUUUGUACCUUUGGGACAGAAGGAUAACGAAACGAAGGAAUCACAUCGUAAUUGUAAUCAUUUCGUCUCUCUUGUGGCGCUUUCCAUUCAAGCAAAAAUUCCGGCAACUUCGGUUUGGUCUGACCGCAAUACUCUGAACCAGCUUUGAGGGUGGUCCACUUUGACCAGUCUGGUCAUUUCGGUCGAUCUGACCGAAAUGUCCCUUUCCAUUUGACAAAAUUGUUAUCCCCAGUAUCGAUCUUUUGUCUCCUGCUUACAAGAACAAUAACCGAACGUGCGGAAGCUUGGGUCGGGUCUGUGCAGGCGAAAUGAACAGUUCCAUUGGGCGCGUGAAAUUUCUGAAAUUUCAAACAGGAAUUUUUGCUGAAUGGAAAGCGCCCCUGAAUUACACCUGAGUCUAUAAAUGAGGACAACUGUGAAUCAAGAUUUGCAGACACUCUUUAAUUCCACAUUAAUUAGUUAUUUCUGCCAUGUUUUCUUCAUAAACGUUUUAUCAGGUUUUCAAGAUAAGGAAGCCAAAAAACUGUUUUAAAAAUAUACACUUCGUAGUAGCAAUACUGUUCAAUGCAGUGAUUUUAUUUAAGAUAUUAUUAUAUAAGUAAAUCCACAAAAAUCUCUCACUCACUCUUUAACGGGCAUCAAGUCAAAGAAUUAACUGUUUUACAAAUAUAUCACAUAGGUAAAUACCGACAUUCUGAUGUGUGUCAAUAAUCAAUCACUUAGUGGUCAUCAUUACGCAACAAACCGGUCAAGACCGCCAAGGACAAAUCCAGUAAGUAUCAUGUAACUUAAUUUCGUGGUAUGCAGUUUUGCUUAAUUUUGCAAAGAUCGAGUGAAAAGGAAGUCAACUUCAUCCAUAGUUUAUAGAAGACAAAAAUAUCAAUUUGUUUGGCAUGACUUCCAACUAGGCCCUAUUUAUGCAAAGAAAGUGGUCCUGGGAAGAGGGUCACUCUCUCAGCUAGGCGGGUCACCCUUAUAGCCGAGAAAACCUUUUUUUCUGAUGUAAACCGUUCGUCACGUUUUGUAAGGUAAUUGGCUCGCCCAGGGUAGCUCGGGUGAGCGAGCAGCCCCUCUACCCAGGACCUUUUUCUCCAUAAAAACAGGGUCUUAGGUUUGCUCCAGUAGUACAUUGAACUCAGUUAUCUAUAAAAUGAGGCGUGGUCAUCCCUUCUUAGUCCAUUCUCUCCUCAACCUCGUUUGCUCUCACAGCACAUAAUUACAUCUACUUAGUUUAUACAUGGGAUCCUAUUAACCAGAAAUGGUUAAUUUUUUUUUAAAAUAAAUGGAAAAUUAAAAUAGUGUGAUAUAUUUCAGCAAGAGAGAAUUUAAGAGUUAGAUGACUGGGAAAACCUCCUCAUAUUUUGCAUCCUUGGUUUAAAACGUGGAGGUGUCCCUGAAUUGGAAAAUAUUGAUUCAGGAUGCACUGUUUGCUUUAUGUUUGGGUUUCAUAGUGAUAAGUUUGGAAGUUGUAUGGGUUGUACGGAUUGUGUUGACAUCCCAUGCUUGUUCUGCUGCAGUAUAAUCAAUAAGGCGUAACAACGUUUUUCAGUAACAAGAAAGCAAUUGAAUUCGACUGUUAUCCUGUUCAUCAUCAUCAUUAACGUCGUCGUCGUCGUCGUCGUCAUUAUUAUAAGUAUCAUAACAAUAAUAAUAAUUAUAUUAUUAUAAUUUAAUCAUAUUAUUAUAAUUAUGAUAAUGAUGACAGCAAGAUAAUCGGCUCCUGACGAUAGUUCUUAUUAGGACUACUUGCCCUCCAGCCAUCUAUUCCAAGUUUAUUACACUGAAGUGCCACAGGAUCUAAAGUGGGGCGAUUAUUACAAACAAGUGCGACAGAACCUUCCAUCAUAAUUUUGCAGUAUAUGUUUGCCUAUAACUUAUGAUUUUAUUAUACUCCGAUGUGUCUUUCUUCCAGACACCUGCAGCAAUACAAUUUAUCGAGCAAGCAGACGAGAAUAACACUAUAAAAUGCAGGCAUGUAAUAUGA